GGACAACCACUUUUAAGUGUUUGCACACUGUGGUCUUUAGUUGAGUUUUCUGUCGUCUGUGCUGUUGCUGAUAAAUGAUACAGAGCUGCCUCGCAGACUUUGUGUCAGCCAUGGGGAACUUACAGCAGAGAAACCUUCACUAUUUGGCCAUGGUUUCUUUCCUCUUGAUGUCAACGUCACCUGCUGCAGGUGUGCAGAUCAGAUUAGCUGGUUCUGGAUCUACUCUGUGCUCUGGAAGAGUUGAAAUCUAUCACAACAAUGUCUGGGGAACAGUCUGUGAUGAUGACUGGGACUUAAAUGAUGCUCAGGUGGUGUGCAGACAGUUGGGCUGUGGUACAGCACUGAGUGCCCCUCAGGCGGCCCGCUUUGGUCAAGGAACUGGGCAAAUCUGGCUCGAUAAUGUGGCCUGUUCAGGAAGUGAAAGUUCUCUAACUGAGUGUCAGCAUGGAGGAUUUGGACAACACGACUGUGACCACGGUGAGGACGCUGGUGUGAUCUGUUCAGGUAGUCAGGUCAGAUUAUCUGGCUCUGGAUCUAGUCUGUGCUCUGGAAGAGUUGAAAUCUAUCACAACAAUGUCUGGGGAACAAUCUGUGAUGAUGACUGGGACUUAAAUGAUGCUCAGGUGGUGUGCAGACAGUUCGGCUGUGGUACAGCACUGAGUGCCCCUACGUCGGCCCGCUUUGGUCAAGGAACUGGACAAAUCUGGCUCGAUAAUGUGGCCUGUUCAGGAAGUGAAAGUUCUCUAACUGAGUGUCAGCACAGAGAAUUUGGGAAACACGACUGUAACCACGGUGAGGACGCUGGUGUGAUCUGUUCAGAUAUCAGAUUAGCUGGUUCUGGAUCUACUCAGUGCUCUGGAAGAGUUGAAAUCUAUCACAACAAUGUCUGGGGAACAGUCUGUGAUGAUGACUGGGACUUAAAUGAUGCUCAGGUGGUGUGCAGACAGUUGGACUGUGGUACAGCAGUGAGUGCCCCUCAGUCGGCCCAUUUUGGUCAAGGAACUGGACAAAUCUGGCUCGAUAAUGUGGCCUGUUCAGGAAGUGAAAGUUCUCUAACUGAGUGUCAGCAUGGAGGAUUUGGGCAACACAACUGUAACCACGGUGAGGACGCUGGUGUGAUCUGUUCAGAUCCAAUCAGAUUAGCUGGCUCUGGAUCUACUCAGUGCUCUGGAAGAGUUGAAAUCUAUCACAACAAUGUCUGGGGAACAGUCUGUGAUGAUGACUGGGACUUAAAUGAUGCUCAGGUGGUGUGCAGACAGUUGGACUGUGGUACAGCACUGAGUGCCCCUCAGUCGGCCCAUUUUGGUCAAGGAACAGGACAAAUCUGGCUCAAUGAUGUGGCCUGUUCAGGAAAUGAAAGUUCUCUAAUUGAGUGUCAGCAUGGAGGAUUUGGACAACACAAUUGUAACCACAAUCAGGAAGCUGGUGUGAUCUGUUCAGGUCAGAUCAGAUUAUCUGGCUCUGGAUCUACUCGGUGCUCUGGAAGAGUUGAAAUCUAUCACAACUAUGUCUGGGGAACAGUCUGUGAUGAUGACUGGGACUUAAAUAAUGCUCAGGUGGUGUGCAGACAGUUGGACUGUGGUACAGCACUGAGUGCCCCUCAGUCGGCCCAUUUUGGUCAAGGAACUGGACAAAUCUGGCUCAAUGAUGUGGCCUGUUCAGGAAAUGAAAGUUCUCUAAUUGAGUGUCAGCAUGGAGGAUUUGGACAACACAAUUGUAACCACAAUCAGGAAGCUGGUGUGAUCUGUUCAGAUCCAAUCAGAUUAUCUGGCUCUGGAUCUACUCAGUGCUCUGGAAGAGUUGAAAUCUAUCACAACAAUGUCUGGGGAACAGUCUGUGAUGAUGGCUGGGACUUAAAGGAUGCUCAGGUGGUGUGCAGACAGUUGGACUGUGGUACAGCAGUGAGUGCCCCUACGUCAGCCCAUUUUGGUCAAGGAACUGGACAAAUCUGGCUCAAUGAUGUGGCCUGUUCAGGAAGUGAAAGUUCUCUAACUAAGUGUCAGCACAGAGGAUUUGGGCGACACAACUGUAACCACGAUGAAGACACUGGUGUGAUCUGUUCAGGUCCAAUCAGAUUAUCUGGCUCUGGAUCUCGGUGCUCUGGAAGAGUUGAAAUCUAUCACAACAAUGUCUGGGGAACAGUCUGUGAUGAUGACUGGGACUUAAAUGAUGCUCAGGUGGUGUGCAGUCAGUUGGGCUGUGUUACAGCACUGAGUGCCCCUCAGUCGGCCCAUUUUGGUCAAGGAACUGGACAAAUCUGGCUCGAUGAUGUUGCCUGUUCAGGAAAUGAAAGUUCUCUAACUGAGUGUCAGCAUGGAGGAUUCGGACAACACAAUUGUAACCACAAUCAGGAAGCUGGUGUGAUCUGUUCAGGUCAGAUCAGAUUAGGUGGCUCUGGAUCUACUCAGUGCUCUGGAAGAGUUGAAAUCUAUCACAACAAUGUCUGGGGAACAGUCUGUGAUGAUGGCUGGGACUUAAAUGAUGCUCAGGUGGUGUGCAGACAGUUGGGUUGUGGUACAGCACUGAGUGUCCCUCAAUCGGCUCAUUUUGGUCAAGGAAGUGGACAAAUUUGGAUCAAUAAUGUCGCUUGUUCAGGAAGUGAAAGUUCUCUAACUGAGUGUCAGCAUGGAGGAUUUGGGCAACACAACUGUGGACACAGUGGGGAUGCUGGUGUGAUCUGUUCAGGUGUGCAGAUCAGAUUAUCUGGCUCUGGAUCUACUCAGUGCUCUGGAAGAGUUGAAAUCUAUCACAACAAUGUCUGGGGAACAGUCUGUGAUGAUGACUGGGACUUAAAUGAUGCUCAGGUGGUGUGCAGACAGUUGGACUGUGGUACAGCACUGAGUGCCCCUAAGUCGGCCCAUUUUGGUGAAGGAACUGGACAAAUCUGGAUUGAUGUUGUGGCCUGUUCAGGAAGUGAAAGUUCUCUAAUUGAGUGUCAGCAUGGAGGAUUCGGACAACACAAUUGUAACCACAAUCAGGACGCUGGUGUGAUCUGUUCAGGUGUGCAGAUCAGAUUAGCUGGCUCUGGAUCUACUCAGUGCUCUGGAAGAGUUGAAAUCUAUCACAACAAUGUCUGGGGAACAGUCUGUGAUGAUGACUGGGACUUAAAUGAUGCUCAGGUGGUGUGCAGACAGUUGGACUGUGGUACAGCACUGAGUGCCUCUAAGUCGGCCCAUUUUGGUCAAGGAACAGGACAAAUCUGGCUCGAUGAUGUGGCCUGUUCAGGAAAUGAAAGUUCUCUAACUGAGUGUCAGCAUGGAGGAUUUGGGCAACACAACUGUAACCACGGUGAGGACGCUGGUGUAAUCUGUUCAGUGAGCCUCCCAAAGCCCAGCAUCUUCAUGAAUCCUGUUGGUGAGGUUACCUGGGGUCAGGGCGUCAGCAUCACUUGUUCAAUCUCAACUCAGGUUUUAGGUGGAACAUUCAUCCUGCAGAAGACCUCAGGAUCAUUUAGGAAGACCCAAACAUCAAGUACCAACUCUGCUACCUUCAGUAUUCCUCAAGUAGACUUUGACAAUGAAGGACUGUACCAGUGUCAGUAUGAGAAAAGCAGCUCAAGUCAUAACUUCAUGUCUCCCCAAAGUGACUCUGUCAGCCUCUCUAUCACUGUGCCACUGCAGCAGCCCAGCAUCUCCCUGACAUCUCCUAACAAAGGGCUGGUCUGGAGUCCUGAAGGUGUAGAGAUCACCAAGGGUUACAGCUUUGUCAUCACCUGCUCCAUUAACUCCAGAUAUUCAGAAGGCCAUUUCAUUCUCAUCUUCUCUGGCUCCAACAUCACCAACACCAAACCAGCAGUCAACCAGUCAGCCUCCUUUGACUUCCCUGUAGCUGAGUAUGAACACCAGGGAAACUACAGCUGUGUGUAUGAAGUCACACUGUCCUCAAGGAAAUUCACUUCUACUGAGACAGCAGAGAUUAAUGUCACCAUUAAAUUGUCUUUGUUGCUGCUGCUCUCCUCUGUAGCUGCUGGGAUCCUGCUGCUGCUCGUGCUGGUCUUGUUGCCAGUCUUUCUGGUCUGCAGGAGAAGACGACGAGCUAAGCAGCCUGAAGUACUCGUCCAAACUCAAUUAUCUGUCAUAGUAGGGAAUGCGUAUGAAUGCGGCGAGGACGACGAUGAGGACGAGGAGGAGGACUAUGUGAAUGCUGAUCCAAUGGACACCAAGAACCUCAAAGAGGGAGCAUGGAUGGUGGAAGAGGAGAGUGACGAAGAUCAUGAUCAUGAGGAAGCAGGCCCUGGUGCAAAUUUCAUGAAGGCCAAGGAAGUCCAAGAAGAAGGUGAAGAAGAACAAAAUGAAGAGGAUGAAGGACAAACCACUAAUGCUGAAGAUAUCUAUGAAAAUGUAACCUGUCUGAUUCAAGAUGAAUUUGUAGAAAUUUAUGGAGAAUAUGAGAAUAUUUAUCAAAACUUCUGAGGUGUCCACUGGUUAACACAGUUCAUCACAGUUACUGUGAUAAUGUGUUAAUGGAUAACACAACAAAUGUGCUAAGCAAAUAAAACAUUAGAAUCUCAAAGCCAAAAUUCCACUGGAAGCCAGUUUCUGUAACUCCAACAAAGGAGUACUGGUUGGUUUCUGGACAUAUAAUGAAACCAUGUUGCAUGUUGCAACUUCAUUAUGUGAUCAAUAGGUGUCCAGUAAAUCACAGCCUCUUGGCUCCCUGAAGAGGUUUAUCAAACUAUAUGUACAGACUUUGCAGAAAAGUCUUCAUUUAGAUGCUUUAUGCUACGCAAAAUAUAUUAAAUGCUUAAAUAUUUGUUGUAUGUAUUUUUUUGGAGAACCUUUUCACUAAUUGAGAUUUAGAGAUGCUAGUGAUGAUGUACUCUUGGCUCGAGCUACAUAUUGACCCUGUACUGAUGUGAGUGGUGUCAGUCUUACCAUUUACAUCAACUUCAUACAGUAUAGUCAUGAAGGUAUUCAGGUAAUUUUAUGUAGUUUUAAAAUAUAAUUAUGUUUUGGAAUAUCUUUGUUGUUGUUGAAACCAUUUGAGUCUUUCUAUAGAUAAACUGUACAUUUAUUCUGAAAUGUUGUUUAUGUGAAUUUUAGUAUUUUAUGUUACA